GUCAUACCACUCUCAUCGCCGUCUCCGACAAUAUGUUCACAGGUUUGAUCGAACACCUCGGCACCGUUGCGUCUAUCGUGCGCGACAGCGGAGGGUGCACGCUCACGAUCUCGGAUAGCGCUCCUAUACUGGAGGACUGUAGGAUCGGAGACUCUAUUGCUGUUAAUGGUGCAUGCCUUACGGUGACGAAAUUUGAACCGAAGGAGAAAGGUGGCUGGUUCGAAGUAUGGCUUGCUAACGAGACUUUGGAGAGGACUGACCUUGGAGAGCGAAAGGAAGGGGACCAACUCAACCUCGAGCGAGCGAUGGGUGCCCAUGUCAGGUUCGGGGGCCACUUCGUUCAAGGCCACGUCGACACGACCGCCACUCUCAUCUCAAAAACUCCAGACGGCGACUCCCUCCGCCUCCUCUUCCAACUUCCCGAACCCACACCAGACCGUCCUUCCCUCCUCCCCUACCUCAUCCCAAAAGGCUACGUCGCCAUCGACGGCACCUCCCUCACCCUCACCUCCGUCGAUGACGCGCAGCGCACUUUCGGGAUCAUGCUCAUCCAGCAUACGCAGGAGAAGAUCACGCUGGCGAAGAAGAAGGAAGGGUCGUUGGUGAAUAUCGAGGUGGAUAUGGUGGGGAAGUAUGUGGAGAAGAGCGUUGUGGCGGCGUUGGGAGGGGGCGGCGGGGACGGGAUGCGGGCGUUGGUGGAGAAGGUGGUUGAGGAUGUUUUGGCUAAGAAGAAUCUGAAGUGAUAAGUGAAUGGAUGUUGCAUAGUUGACUUGACUUGCUGGGAGCAAGUAAGGAGCGUUGACGUAUAGGAAUACUAGUAGCGUAAGGUACGAUAGACAGCGACUUGUUUGACGUAUGCUUGAAACAGAGUCUCGCCGUAAAAUGAAAUGUUCGAGUUUCCCG